AAGCCGCUGUGCGCAGGAACUCGAGUGAGAGCAGCCGCCGAGCUGCCAAAACGCGCCCCCGCAACCGAGUUAUAGGAGAGGGGCUGCCCCGCGCACGAGUAUGACGAGCAUGUGGACCUACCCCGGCCUCCAGCCCGUCUCCUGCGACGACCGCACGCGCGUCCAGGAAAUACCGUUGGCGACCGUCCGGAUAACCAUCUGCGGCGAGCCGCCGGUCGCCAUGAUCUGGAACCCUGAUUUAGCGCCGACGCUCCACCCGGAUAAAGUGCGGCGGUGGUUUAACGGCGGCGGCAUCGGAGGCACGGGCGGCUCGACGCAGGACUGGGACGACGACCAGGUCGCCGAGUUCGUCCGGCUUUUGUGCAUCGUGCACCACGGGCCGAGCAUUGAUAAGGCGGGGCACCGCGUACGGUUGCGCGAGGACUGCGGCGAGUUUUUUGAAUAUAUGAAGCGGCAGAAGCUGAGGUACGACCGGGAAGUACUAUUGCACUGGUUCGCGCUGAAGUUCGUCAAUGAACGGGCACAAACGAAACGCUGGGUCACGCCGUCGAACCUCGAGGCGCUCUGGGACGCGGCGGCCGAGGCGCUGGAACGGCCCGCGGCGCCGCCGAAGCUCAAGCCGCAUCCCGACCCGCCCUGGGGGCCCGACCCCGACGCCGCCGCGCCCCCGGAGCCGCCGCUGCCCGACGAGGCGCCCGCCGAGGAGGCGGCGCCGGCGUAA